UUGCUUCUUUUUCGAACAUUGGCGAUUAUAUUUCUCGUCGUGCCCAUGUUGUAUUUGAUACAGGCAAAAACAAAAAUUUAGAAAUUGAUAAAAAUCCAAAUUAUGCCCAAAUGGCUUUUACAACAAUUAAUUUGGAUAAUUUAAUUAAAUGUUUUUAGGCUUAUAAAUGUUAUGGAAUAAUUUUUAAAUUAUUUUUUUUAAUUUUGUAAUAUUUACAAAAGCCUUCAGGCUUUAUAUUUUUUCGAUUUGGCAUUAUUUAAGAAAAGACGGAAUUUUUUGAGGACAUUUUUGAUUUUCGAGGAAAAAGUCCGCAAAAAUUUGUCCGCAAGUUUUUUGCGGACAAAUUUUUUCUUGCGGACACUUUUUGCAGACUUUUUUUUAUUACAAAAAAAGUCCGCAGAAAAUUUGCGGACAUUUUUUGCGGACUUUUGAUUUUCAAGAAAAAAGUCCGCAAAAAUUUGUCCGCAAGUUUUUUGCGGACAAAUUUUUUUCUUGCGGACACUUUUUGCGGACGUCAUUUUCUAAAUUUUUCUCAUUUUUAAAAUAUGAAAAAAUGAGGAAAUAAAAAUUGUAGAAAUUAGUCCGCAAAAAAUUUGCAGACAAAAAAUUUGCGGACAAAAAAUUUAUCCGCAAAAAGUCGUCUCUUCUUGGGUGAUGCCAAAAUUCUUUUUAUAAUCUUCUAAUUAAUUUUUUUUAGUAAAAUAUUUUUAAACAAUGAAAGAUAAUAGCAAAACUACGGCUACUUCGACUAACUCGACAGCCCGGGUUAAUAGAGGAAAUUCUGAUAAUGAUGAUGAUAGAGUUUUGGUACCUUUUAUAAGGGAUGUGCUAGCCGUUGCAAAUGUGAGUGAUCAACCGCCAGUUGUCCAAAUUGCUGUUGGGGCGAGUGGGGGAGUGGUGACCGGUUAUUUGUUUGGCAAAACGAGCAAAUUUGUUGCUGCAUUUGUUGGCGGAGCAGUUCUACUUGUCCAGUUGUUUGAAUGUCAAGGCUAUUUAACAAUAAACAAAAAAAGAUUGAGUCGAGACAUUGGACAGGCAAAGGAACAACUUUCUGCUGUGCUGGGGACUGUUAAUAAUGGAGAAACGAAGAAUUGGGUUGAUAAUUGUGUGGCAAAAGGAGAGGCUUUAAUUUCGAGAAAAUCGACGAAUAAUGGAAUGGUACGCAACUUUUUAAUUCAAAAUAUUCGAACAAUUGGUGGAUUUCUGGGAGGUGCGCUUCUUGGAUUUGGGUUGUCUUGA